CCACACAGUGAAACUUGCGAGUUUUUGGAAGAAGAAAGCGUUUUUCCGUUCACAGCUCGCGAGCGCGCCAUAUCCCGAGUUUAAUCGAGAAUUUGUUCGUUUUUCACGCCCCGCAACCGACAGUCGUCGCGAGUGACCGCACGCACAAACCGGAGUUCCGAGCCAGGCAAGUCUCCGACGAGUCCAAAAAGUGGACCGAAAAAUUUCGGUCGACGAAAAAGGUUGCCAAGAUUUCCCUCGUGAGGUUGGGUUAAAGGGGAGGAAGCGAGGAGUGAGAAAGAAGUGAAGGGAGAAAUUCGCCACGACGACGACGCCAAGAAGAAAAGGGGAAGUUCGGUCUCACCAAUACUAGUGGGAAAGGGAACUUCGACGAGCUGUCAAAAGUUGGCUGGACGACGACACACGUAAGUGUGCGAGGAAAAGUGUUUCUCUUCACAGGAAGCAAAAGUCGCGAGUGUUUUGGGUUUAUUUUUUCGCGUUUUUCGGGUCAUUUUGCACGAUUCCUGUGGCGCGACGUCCAGGACUAGGUUCCCGAAACGGCACGGUCGGUUAUUACGACGAAAAAUCCUUAGGUAAACCAUUUGGUUGUUGUGUUUUGGCUGCGCGGAAAUUCCCUCCGUCGGAAAAGAAGGAGGACCAGUGGCGAGUAGGUAGCGAAAUCGGGCUGGAUCUCAUUUCGUAAUUCUGCUGUCCUCUACCUGGAGUGUGGAGCAAAGGAAAACAAAACUGCCCACCGGGAAUCGUCCCUAGAGCAGUGCUCGCACGAGAAUUAAGCUCCCCCUCGUAGAUUCCACAUAUAGCGAACGAAACGAGGAAGUCACGCACGGAGGAUUACAUAAAGGCCAGGCCAGCAACAGCUUCCCGCGUGUGGCCAACCUUCCCCCCACCGUGUGUGCGGCCACAAACGAAGAAAGAGACUCUUGCCGUUGUGAAAUCGCGUGUUUGUGUGCGUGUGUGUUGUUAUUUUUGGCCAAACCCGCAGAAAAAAACUCUCGGAACCCAAACGGAACUGGUCCGCGCGCCUCCAACAACCCCCACAAGCCGCCAAAAUUCCGGUCCCCACGCGAAACCAUCACCGGGAAGGCUCCUACUUGGGCCACUCCUCCUCAGCGAGCAGCAGCUCCUCGAGGUCGUCGGUCGGUGGCGGCGGAAACGGUGCUGCACCGGAAGACUACGACACGAUGAACAAGCGGAACAAGGCGUCCCGGCCCGGCCAGGGCGGUCCGGCGAGGACACAACGACAGCGCUCGAUCGCUGCGGACGGCAUCUACAACAACUCGCUGUUUAUGCACGCGGCCACAUCACACGUCGGCAACAUCGUCCAGGUCCAGACAGCAUCCGGUGUCAUAUUCGAGGGAGUGUUCCGGACAUUCUCGUCCCAGUUUCAGGUCGUGCUGGAAAUGGCCCAUCGCAUUGAGCACGGCGGCCCGGAAGCGGAAAACAAGAUCGUCGUCGACACCGUCGUGGACCGGCUCAUCUUCAAGCCGUGCGACAUUGUCAGUAUUGCCGCGAAGGACGUGGACCUGGAUUACGCGACGCGGGACACCUUCAAGACGGACACGGCCAUCAGUUCGGCCCGGUGCAACGGAAACGGCCGGCCGGAGGAGCGCGAACUCGAGCCGUGGGACGAAAGCGGCGGCGGUGGCCUCGGUGGGCUGAACGGUGACGGCGGGUUGGGCGAGUUUUCGCUGGAGUUGGACGCGAAUGCGAACGGGUGGGACGUGAAUGAUAUGUUCCACAAGAACGAGACGAUCUACGGAGUGCAGUCUACGUUCGAUCAGUCGUUGACCGGAUACACGGUGCAGAUUACGAAGAAGGACUCGGACGACUUUAAGCACCAGGAGUCGGAGGCGGAGCGGAUCGCGAACGAAAUCGAGAACAAUCCGGUGUACAAGGACCGGAUCGAUUUGGAGAACGGCGACGAGGAGGACGCGUUCGCAGCGGUGGUGCGACCGGGGGGUGGGGCCAGCGCGAGUCCCCAGCCGUCGUCCGGGUCGAACCCGAAUAGUAUGAACGAUAAGGGUGGGGUGAUGCCAUCGAACACAGCCAAGUACAUCGUACCGGCCAAGCGCAAGGGUCACGCGGGUAAGUUGACCGCCCGAAGCACGCCACCGCCGUUGACCAACAACGGAGGAGGACCACCACAGCAGGUUCAGCAGGUACAGCAAGUUCAGCAAGUGCAACAGGUGGCACAGCCACCACAGCAAGUGCAACAGUCUCAACCACAGCAGACGCUGCCUCCGCAGCAGCAGCCACAGCAACAGCAACAACCUUUGAGCCCACAAGCUCCACCCCACAAGAACAACAGCUAUCAAAACAUGUCGAUGCCCCCGCAGCAGCAACAGCAGGUUCCACCUAGCAAUCAGCAGCACGGCGGAGGCGCGUCUCAGUACGCGAUGCACUCGAACCAGUCGCCGUACGGCGGCCACGUUCAGCAUCAACCCCAUCAACAGCAGCAGCAGCAUAGCCAGCCUUCGGUUGUAAAUAGUAACACGAGCAUGAACAAGAUGAACGGCGACCGGGAAAUGUCCAACAGCAGUGGCAACAGCAGUAGCAUGAAUGUAAAUAGUAACACUAAGCCUUUGCCGCAGCGUACCGUGCGGCAAUAUCCGAGCUCUGCGCCAAACUACGCCGAACCGCCGCCAUCGCUGGGACCACAGCAGGGUGGUGGCGCCGGCGGCCAGAUGCAGUCCAUGGGCAAACCGCCGAUUCACGUGACUCAUCCACACCACGCGACUCACAUGCCACCGCCACCGGUUGUGGCCAACGAUCAGCAACAACAGCAGCAGCAGCAGCUUCAACCCCAGCAGGUCGUCAUGUCGACGCACCACGUUGGAUUGCCGCCGCCACACAUCAACCAAGCGCCCCAACAGCAACAGCAACAACAAAUGCAGCAACCUCCUCCGCCACAACCCCAACGCCAAGUCGUUGUGCGGCGUGACAUGGACGAUCUGCGCAAGUUUGGCCAAGACUUCAAGCUGGCGCCACCCCAACAGCAGCAACAGCAACCGCCGAUGCACCAGCAGCCUCCACCACCUUCCCAGCACGGAGUUCAACAGCAUCAGCAGCAGCAACAGGAACAACCGCCCCUCGAAUCUUCACCGCCAAUCUCGCAAAAGCACUCGGAACCUCCACCACACCAGCAGCAGAACCAAUCUUCCCAAACGGGACUAGUUCACCAGCAGCCACAACCUCCCCAGCACAUGGUUCAAUCUCAACCGACGCCACAAUCUCAACCCCCGCCCCAACAGCAGCAGAACCCACAACCGAGCACGACUUCACCUCCGGUGGCGUCCUCGGCGAUGAACACUGCAACGAGCAACGUCAACGUCAGCCCGGCCGUCGUCAGCUCCGUCGUGACGCCGGUGGACGCUGCCGGAGUUGCCACCGACGUUGCGCCCGCCGUCAAGGCACCACCAAAGAAAACCUUCACGCUGAACCCGGCCGCCAAGCCGUUCACGCCGCGAAGCCCCAGCACACCGAACCCCUCGCGUCACACGUCUUCUAGCCCGCACACGCCGCAAACGCCCAACCCCGUCAUGGUCCAGCAGCAGCAGCAACAGCAGCAACAACAACAACAGCAACAACAGCAGCAGCAGCAGCAACAGCAGCCACCGCAGGCCUAUCCGGGCCAGCAGCAGCAGGUGCACGCCCCGCAGCCCAUCCUGAUGUCGUACGUGCUGCAGCCGCCGCAGAGCGCAUUCCAGACGACGCAGCAGCACCCGCACGCCGGCCAGCAGCCGCGCAUCCGGAAAGCGAUGUCGGUGGUUCCCCCCUCGCAGAUGGCCGCCUCCCAGAUGGCAGCGGCCGCCACCGGUCAGCCCCUGCUGACGCCCGGCCCGAUCCCGAUGUUCCCGCCGUACCCGCCCACGCUCCACCACCAGCACUUCCAGGCGGCGCCCUCAUUCCAGCCGUACCGCAUCUACGAAACGCCCCAGCCAACGCAGAUCCAGUACCUGGCGGCGGCCACCCCACCCUCGACGACGCCCUCGCCCGGCCAGCCCCACCAGCAGUACCACCCGGGCCCGCAACCCUCGCCAGCUUCCGCCGGACCUCCGACGUACGCUCCGGCCCACCAGCAGCAGCCGCCGCACUACCAGAUGAUGUGCGUCGCCCCGCAGAUGGUUCCGGCCGCGUACCAGAACAUGGCCCAGGCGGCGCCCCUCCAGAACCACCACCAGCAGAAUCUGCACGUGAUGCACGUCCAGCAGCAUCCCGCCCAGUAGCAUAAAUUCAACGCUACCAAUAGCACCAGCAGCAGCAGCAUCAGCAACACCCACAACCACCACGUCAACAGCAGCGUCACUAGCAAUGCCGCGGCGGCCCAGCAACAGCAACAACAACAGCAGCAUGGUCACACCACCGCCCAUCAUGCCGCCCAUCACGUGCCGCACCAUCACCAGCACCAGCACCAUCAUCAUCCGCACACGCCGCAUCCACAUCACGGAGGAGCGGCCACCGGAGGACAGCAUGGCGGCGGCGGACAUCAUCACGGUGGUUACGGCCGCGGUAAGCCGAUCAAGAACUGAUAGAGAGUUGAUGGCGUUGUCGUUGCUGCGGCUGCUGCUGGUCGUGGUGGUACUAUUUUUCAGUUGUUUAAUUGUUUUGCGGCGCGCAAAAUUGUGUAAAAUAGUAUUGAAGUGUUGCUGCCGCGGGGUGCGCAUUUGAGCAAGGUAGAAAAGAGGAUGCAUUUUGUUUCACUUUUUGGGGCGUCGCCGCGUACGAGAAGAGUAGAUUAGUGAGGAGAGCGCAAAAACCAAGCGGCUUAGGUUAAGCGUAAAGAAAGCAAAACACUGUUACUUGGGAGAAAACAAUAGGAAAUGAACGCAAAUAGGACCACGUGAAAUGAGAGAGACGAGGCGGUUGUUUGGGAAGGAAAGGGUCGACGGAGACGCGAAGGGUGUCUCGUAACAGACAUAUUUGUUAUCUCGUUUUUACUGGUUUGAAGAAAAAAAAUAUAGUUAUUUGUUUAAUUUA